AUGUUCCUGCAACGCUCCGCCAUCACCGCGGCUCGCCGCGUCGCCGCCCGACCUGCUGUCGCUCGCACCUUUGCUACCUCCAUCGCUCGCCGUACGCAUUUCUAUUUUGCUUUCCGGACCCACAGCCAAUGGCGUGAUGCCGUCAACCGCCCUGCCACUCCCAACGAGCAGGCCGCUGCUCUCGCUGGCACCGCCGAGAAGAAGGUUGGCUCUUACAAGGUCCUGAAGGAGGUCCAGACUGAGGAGGAUCUCUUCGGUCCUGGUGCCGCCCCUGGUACUGUCCCCACCGAUCUCGAGCAGUCCACCGGUCUCGAGCGUCUGGAGAUUCUCGGUAAGAUGGAGGGUGUCGACAUCUUCGACAUGCGCCCUCUUGAGGCCACCCGCCUUGGAACGAUGAAGGACCCCAUCAUGGUCCGAUCUGCUGGCGAGGAGCAGUUCGCUGGUUGCACUGGUUUCCCAGUCGACUCUCACACUGUUAACUGGCUCGGCCUUACCCGCGAGCGCCCUAUCGAGCGAUGCCCCGAGUGCGGCAGCGUCUACAAGAUGGACUAUGUUGGUCCCCAGGACGACCACCACCACCACCACCCUCCUGAGUUUGAGGAGCCCAAGACCUUCGCCGAUUACAUCAAGCCCGAGUACCGAUACAAAUAA